AUGAUAUAAAACCUUCAGUCUCUGAGCUGAAACACUUGUCAGACUUUGGGCUAACAACUAAGGACAUGGACAAUGACUGGAAGUCAUUGUCAUUGGAUGAAAAUAUGAACAAACCCUAUAGUUCCUCUAUGUUUACUGAACAUUUUUUUCAUCCCUUUGUUCAAAACGACUCAAUCAAAUCAGAUAUAGAGUCUCCAAGCUUCCCAAAUGAAGGCUCACAAAGGGAAGUCGAGCCAGGAUUAAAGUUUAGCUGUGAAGACUGUGGUAAAUUAUUGACAGGAAAAAGCAGUUUAAACAGACACAAGAAACUCCACACUGGACAGAAACCCUACACCUGUGAUGUAUGUGGGAAAACAUUUAGCACAAAGACAAAGUUAAAUACACAUAUGAAAAUACACACAGGACAUAAACCUUAUAUCUGUGAUCUAUGUGGACAAAGUUUUAGUGUGAAUGGACAUUUAACCAGACACAUGAAAAUCCAUUUAGCAGAAAAACCUUUUUCUUGUGAGCUAUGUGCAAAAGGAUUUUGUGAAAAAUCGUCUUUGAAAAUACACAUGAUAAGCCAUUCUGGACAGAAACCUUUCUGUUGUGAUCUGUGUGGACAACGAUUUGGCUUAAAAAACAGUUUAACCAGGCACAUAAAAAUCCACACAGGACAAAAACCAUUUUGUUGCAAUUUAUGUGGACAAAGUUUUAGUCGAAAAACACUUUUGAACUCGCACUCAAGAAUCCACACAGGGCAGAAGCCUUUUUCUUGUGAUCUGUGUGGACAAAGAUUUAAUGAAAAAUCAACCUUAACCAAACAUAUGAUGACCCACACGGGACAUAAACCUUUCUGUUGUCUUGACUGUGGGAAAAAAUUUAGGCAAAAAGUACAUUUAGAGACGCACAGUAGAGUCCACACUGGACAGAGACCUUUCCCAUGUGACAUAUGUGGAAAAAGAUUUAGUGAAAAGGGAAAUCUAAGUACACACAUGAGGAUCCACACAGGACAUAAACCUUUCUGCUGUGAUCUUUGUGGGGCAAGAUUUACUGAAAGCACAAGCUUGAAGAAACACACGAAAACCCACAGAGGAAGGAAAAUGGCUAAGCUAUGAAUACACAAUAAGGCCACUUUAAGAAAAAAUCUUGUAAAGUUUCCCAUCAAAAAAGAUGUAAAAUACAUUAAAUCAUGAGGUAUUUACACCCCAAGGUUCCAGAGGUUAUUAAGUCUUACUUAUAGUCAUGUGUUGAUUCCCUGUGUUGUCUUUGAUUUGCACUGUUCUCUUACAAAACAAUGAUUUUAUCAUUUUACUGUAUUAGCUUAACAAAGUUACCAGAUGAAAUGGGGUGAUCAGAGCUCUAUAGUUAUAGUGACUUAAUAUCACAAUGUUUUUGGUUUUGUUUUUAUCACUGCUACUUACGUUAUCAAGGCGUUACUUUAAAAAAUGAAAUUGUCUAGAGAGCUGUUCUAAACAAAAUUUAUUUUUGUUUAAACUUGUGUUUACAA